UACAGAGCUUCAGCAAGAUACAAAGGAGGGAAAAGUCUACACAGAGAAAACGACCUUUCACUGAAUCAGGAUGUCUAAGCUUGCAGAGAGAACCCUUUUCGUUUUCUACAUUUCAACACAGAUUUGCUCCCAGAUCUUGGCGCAGGUGUGUCAGACAAGGUGCCUCUGUCCGCAGGAGCCUCCGAUGUGCGCCCCCGGGGUCCAGUUGAUUCUGGAUGACUGCGCAUGCUGUCUGGUCUGUGCGAGGCAGAAAGGAGAGGCGUGCUCGGAAAUAAGUCCCUGUGAUACACACAGGGGUCUGAACUGCGACUACACGGCCGAUGUACACCAGAGGACAGGUGUCUGUGUCGCACAUGAGGGAGACAUCUGCCUCUUGGACGGUUCAGUGUACCAGAACGGAGAGACCUUCUUCCCCAGCUGCAAGUAUCAGUGCACCUGCAGGGACGGUCAGAUCGCCUGCGUGCCGCGCUGCAACCUGGACGUGAUGCUGCCGGGCCCAGACUGCCCUCUACCCAGGAAGGUGGCGGUCCCAGGGGAGUGCUGUGAGAAGUGGGUAUGUGAGCCCCAACCAGAGGCCAGUGCCUUGGGCAGCUUUGCCAUGGCUGCCUACAGACAGGAGGAGACAGUGGGGGUUGACUCGUGGGACCCCAGUACUAACUGCAUAGAGCAGACUACGGAGUGGGGCGCCUGCUCUCGGACCUGUGGCAUGAGCAUCUCCACCCGGGUCACCAACAAGACCCGCUGUGAGAUGGUCAAGCAGACGCGUCUGUGCAUCGUCAGGCCCUGCGACAAACAGCAGCAGGAUGUUCCUAAGAGAGGAAGCAAGUGCCUGAGGAUGAAGAAGGCGGUGAAACCCGUCCGGUUCAGCUAUAAGAACUGCACCAGCGUGCUGACCUACAAGCCCCGGUACUGUGGUGUGUGUACGGACGGGCGUUGCUGCACCCCCCACAGCACCGAGACAGUGCAGGUGGAGUUCCAAUGUGCUCAGGGUAAAGCCGUCAAGAAACCCGUUAUGUUCAUCAACACCUGCGCCUGCCACUACCACUGUCCCAGAGACAACGUUGUGUAUCGACCAUCAGACCUGGUCUACAGCGGUUACAGGUUAUAACGCUGUUACCACAGACACAACGACAGUUUCUCCUAUUCCUCCGUGACAGUAGUACUGUACUGUAGUCGGGUGACUCUAUAUGUUGGUGACUCUAUAUGUUCUUGACAACAUCUUCCUGAAGGUGUAUGGUUGGUCUCAUGAGGGAGAAUCUCAAUUGCAUACUUAUCGUGUUCCUCUCUCCUCGCCUCCUUUUCAAAACCCAUUGGAUGAGAA